CUUUUUAUAACAUUGACUAGUAAAAUAAAAAAAAAGAAAGUAAUUACAUCAUUAGGUUCUUAUGAAUUUCGGAUAAGUUUAUUUGAUCUAUAGUUGAAUUCUAUCUUUAUUUGAUCAUUAUUUUCUUAUGAAUUCUGGAGAACUUUGAAGGUCAAUUGUUUUAUAGAUCAAAUUACUUUGAAGAUCAAAUCCUUAGUUUUUUUCUUUUUGUGUGCGUGUGCGCCUGGAGAACUGCUUAAUUACUAUCAUCAUUUGAAACUUUUCCAUGACUUUCUUUUUAGGAAAGAUUUCAUGGUAUUGUGUUGUAUGUAAUUAUAGUCAGUUUUAUACCUAUUGGAGACUCACCAGAACAUAUGGGCCCCAUUCUGAUUUUUCUGGACCAACUUCAGGGUGCACAGCUUGUGUUGCAAUUAUUAGAAACAAUCAACUUAUUGUUGCCAACGCCGGUGAUUCUCGUUGUCUAAUAUCAAGGAAGGGCCAGGUGACAUGGAGUUUAAGCAGAAUAAGUUUUUGCCUACUGAAAAGCAAAUUGUGACUGCUAAUCCAGAUAUAAAUACUGUGCGUAUUUUUUUUUUCCAUUGUAGAUAAUUUGUUAUGACAUUGCUUUCCUAAAAAUAAUGGAUGCUGAUUAUCUUUGGGGAUAUAAAUAAGAAGAAAAACAAUAAUUCACAUCAUAAAUCAAUGAAACCUUUAUUGAACUAUUUUGCUUGGAUAUACCUACAUGAAACUGGUUUUGCCAUUCUACUCUAACAAGGGCCACAACGCAAAUAUGUAUUUACUUGUAAAUUGUUUGCUGGCAAGCAUAUAUUACUCUUAUGUAAAUUUUAUCUUAUAGAUUGAUUUUGUGUUUUAUUAGACAUCUUAAUUAGUUUUUGUACUGUAUAAAUUAAGCUAGUGCUGCCAUGGAGAGGUUGAGAGGGGGUGAGAAUAGAGCAGAGGGAGAUGGUUUAUCUAUGUGUCGAGGAAGUUUUCUUUAGUUUGUUUUAGGAAAACUCUAUUCAUACAUGAAAUUCGUACAAAAGCUCCACAAGAAUGAUGUGGGAAUGACAUUUUUGUAAAUACAUUUAUCUUGAUGGGUGUUUUGUUUUAAAGUGAAAUGUGGAUAUUGAGUCACAUCAUGAUGUGUGAAAAUUCUAUAUAAAUUUUCUAUUUGUAUAUUAUUACUCUUAGUUUUGAAGAAGC